GGCGGGGCCGGUGAGAGGCGGAAGUGGGGCCUGUGGGGAUGGAGGCGCUGCUACUGGUCACCGCGAAUGUGGGCUCGUUGUUCGAUGGUUUGGAAGGUUUGCAAACGAUCUGGUUACAGGAGUUCUAUGAGGCGGUGGCUAAAUACAAGCCCCACUUCAUCGCUGUGCACUGCCAGGAGAUCGGAGGGAAGGACUAUGAAACCGGCAUGGCGCAAGUGGACCCGUUUGUGGAGAGUAUUCUGUCCAGUAAAGAAAUGCAGGAGUACAACAGAGUCUGUGUGUACCUGGACCAGACUUUCACCGCUCACACAUGUUUCACUGCACUGGGCAGCAUGUACUUCCUGCACCAAUCAGUUCACAACAUCUACCAGUUCGAUUUUGAAGUGCAAGAAUUCAAGGAGGUGGUUGGCAAGGUGGUCCAUUCCACACACCUGGAUACAAACAGCAUGAUCGAGAAGGAAAGGUUCCCACAGGACUUCUGGCCUGAGUUCAAGUGGUCUCGGAAAGGUUACAUCCGGACACGCUGGAGACUCCAGGAUCAGGUGUUCGACCUGGUCAAUGUCCACCUGUUCCACGACGCCUCGAACCUGGUGGCCUGGAGAUGUCCCUCUGUCUUCCCAGGAAACCGUCGGAGAGCACUGGGUCACGUGCUGAGCAGGAUCACCAACUCCUGCUACAAGAAGGUGCCCUUCCUAAUAUUCGGGGACUUCAACGUGAGACUGGACACACAGAGAGUGGUGGAGACUCUGUGCAGCCCAGCUACUGUACAGACCAUACCCACCAACGAUGCUGGAGACGUGAAGAAGGUUCUCUUCCAGGAGAAGGGCAAGGAUCACAAGGUUCUGCUGAGGCUUGAAUCGAAAACCUUCGACUACUUUGAUCAAGAUGUUUUCCGAGAAAACAAUGGAAAAGCUCUUCUAGAGUUCGACCGGGAGCUGGCCACGUUCACCGAUGAAAUCUGUGAGCUGGACAUUCACUUUCCUCCAAGUUACCCGUACAGUGAGGUGAACACGGAGGGAACACUGUACGCCAACACCCGCUGCCCAGCCUGGUGUGACCGCAUCCUCAUGUCUCCCUCUGCCAUCGAGCUCGUGGUGAAGGGGAGGCCGGUGUAUGACGUGAUGGGACCCGCUGUGUGUAUGGGCGACCACAAGCCCGUCUACCUGUUCUUCCACAUCCCCGCGUGACCACACCAGGUGACCUGCGACGCUCCGAUUUCCCUCGACUCAACUGCCCACCAACAUGAAUGUCGAGAGGCGAGGAACUACAGGUGCUGGCACCUGGAGCCAAACACACAGACCUGGCCGAUCUCAGCGGGUCAGGCAGCCUCUGUGGGGGGAAUGGACAGCUUUAUUCUGGGACGGAGUGGAGAGAGCACCUCCUGGUCUCCCAACAUGGACAACAAUGGCAAAACACAAACUGCUGGAAGAACUCAGUGGGUCAGUGUGGAGAAGAGUGACCCGCUGGGUUCUACACCAGCUCAGGACCCUUCUUCCGACUGCUUGACCCGCUGACUUCCUCCAGCCCUUUGUGACUUACCCAAAUAUGGAAGGAACUGCAGAUGCCGGUUUAAGCCGAAGGUAGAAACAAAAAGCUGGAGUAACUCAGCGGGACAAGCAGCAUCCUGUCUCCUGGAGAGAAGGAAUGGGUGACGUUUCGGGUCAAGACCAUUUUGUCCAUUUACUGAUGGUUCUUUUGGGGGCGAGUCUUUUGUUAUUGUUCAGUUUAGUUUAUUGUCACGUGUACCGAGGUGCAGGGAAAAGCUUUUGUUGCGUGCUAUCCAGUCAGCGGAAAGACAAUACAUGAUUAUAAGUGAUCCAUUUAGAGUUACAGUAGCAUGAUAGGGGAAUAACGUUUAGUGCAAGGUGAAGCCAGCAAAGUCCGAUCCAGGAUAGUCCGAGGGUCACCCAUGAGGGUCACAUAAUUCAGCAAUGCGCUCUGGUGGUGGUAUAGAAACAUAGAAACAUAGACAACAGGUGCAGGAGUAGAGGCCAUUCGGCCCUUCGAGCCUGCACCGCCAUUCAAUAUGAUCAUGGCUGAUCAUCCAACUCAGUAUCCCAUCCCUGCCUUCUCCCCAUACCCCCUGAUCCCUUUAGCCACAAGGGCCACAUCUAACUCCCUCUUAAAUAUAGCCAAUGAACUGUGUGGCCUCAACUACCUUCUGUGGCAGAGAGUUCCACAGAUUCACCACUCUCUGUGUGAAAAAAUUUUCUCAUCUCGGUCCUAAAAUAUUUCCCUCUUAUCCUUAAACUGUGACCCCGUGUUCUGGACUUCCCCAACAACGGGAACAAUCUUCCUGCAUCUAGUCUGUCCAACCCCUUAAGAAUUUUGUAAGUUUUUAUAAGACCCCCCCCUCAAUCUUCUAAAUUCUAGCGAGUACAUGGUUCAGUUGCCUGAUGACAGCUGGUUUGUUUGUGAGCAAGUUUUUCGACACACGGCCGAUCUUCCGAGUUGGACUACCAGCUUGGCCAUGGCCAGGGGCCAAACCAAACGGGACCUCCUCCGGCCCACCCCCCCCCAGGGACCAAAGACCACCAGUGUGGGACUGCCACACUCCCUCAGCCCACCCACACUGCUGUCUGAAGAUAGACACAAAGCGCUGGGGUAACUCAGCGGCUCUGACAAGUGCAACGUUAUCUAAACGUUGGAGAUAGUGAUAGGAGCAGAAUUAGGCCAUUCGGCCCAUCCAGUCUACUCCACCAUUCAAUCAUGGCUGAUCUAUCUCUCCACCCAACCCCAUUCUCCUGCCUUCUCCCCAUACUCCUGGAAGCAUAUAAAAUAUAUGCAGGAGGAGGCCAUUCGGCCCUUCGAGCCAGCACCGCCAUUCAAUAUGAUCAUGGCUGAUCAUCCAGAAUCAGUACGCCAUUCCUGCUUUCUCCCCAUAUCUCUUGAUUCCAUUAGCCCUAAGAGCUAAAUCUGACUCUCUUGAAAACAUCCAGUGAAUUGGCCUCCACUACCUUCUGUGGCAGAGAAUUCCAUAGAUUCACAACUCUGAGUGGAAAAGUUUCUCCCCGACUCAAUCUUAAAUGGCUUCCACCUUAUUCUUAACACCUGUACUAAUUAAGAAUCUAUUUCUGCCAUAAGAAUAUCCAUUGAACCCUGAUUUGUAGAGGGAUGUGUGUGUGUCUAAGUGUACCACACACCAAAUGUGUAUAUGCGAGUAAUGAGAGCAGUGAGCAGGAUAUUAUCGUUCAAUGCCGGAGUGAAUCAAAUACAGACAUGUUGUAGUGUUUCACUUUAUCUCAUGUAAUGCAGUCUAUUGGCUUCUCAGCCCUUCUUCCUGUCCUAUCAAUCUCUGAACAAAACACAAAGUGCUGGAGGAACUCAGCAGGUCAGGCAGCAUCUGUGGAGAGAAGGAAUAGGUGACGUUUCGGGUCGAGACCCUUCAGACUGGGAGUCGGUCAUUUCUUCAGACAGUGUUGUCUUCCUGGCCUUCCCAGCCCACCUGGGCUUGUGGUUGAGGCUGGGUCUGGAACAUCUCACUGGGGUGUGAUCCACUGCUCCUGUAGAUGUGUGCCUGAGAUAUUGGAUAAGGGCUGGAUUCAGGCGACAGGCCAUGUACCUUGAGAGUUUAGAGAGGUAGAAUUAGGCCAUUCGGCCCAUCGAGUCUGCUCCUCCAUUCAAUCAUGGCUGAUCUCUGCCUCCUAAUCGCAUUUUCCUGCCUUCUCCCCAUAACCCUUGACACCCGUUCUAAUCAAGAAUUUGUCUACCCACUGACUCCACCACAGCCCUCUGUGGCAAUGAGUUCCACAGAUUCACCACCCUCUGACUAAAGAAGUUCCUCCUCACACCCUUUCUAAAAGAGCACCCUUUAAUCCUGAGGCUGUGACCUCUGGUCCUAGACUCUCCCACCAGUGGAAAUAUCCUCUCCACAUCCACUCUAUCUAUGCCUUUCAUUAUUCAGUAAGAGUGUUUUAUUGUCAUAUGUUCCAGAUAGAACAAUGACAUUCUUACUUGUAACAGCACAACAGAUUGUGUGGGAAGGAACUGCAGAUGGUGGUUUAGAAACAUAGACAAUAGGUGCAGGAGUAGACCAUUCAAUGUGAUCAUCCACAAUCAGUACCCCGUUCCUGCUUUCUCCCCAUAUCCCUUGAUUCCGUUAGCCCUAAGAGCUAAAUCUAACUCUCGAAUACAUUAACCUGAAAUGUCACCCAUUCCUUCUCUCCAGAGAUGCUGCCUGUCCCGCUGAGUUACUCCAGCAUUUUGUGUUUAGAAUCGGAGGGAUUACAGGGGCAAUAGCCCUGAAGCCAUCGUCAUUUGGGACAAAAGAGGGGAGCGGAGAGAUCAGAUCAGGUUGAAAUUUGUACAUUUUAUACUUUUGUAACGAUGUCGGUGAGCGGCCUAUCUUCAUUUUAAGCCUUGACUUAGUAAAAAAAACGGAAGUAAAA